UAUGCUGUUAAAAUUCUCAACAACUUUUCAACAACAAGUUCUUUAAUUCUUUAUAUGUGCUUGAAGAUUGAAUUACUUGAUUACUUGAUGUAGAUUCGAUCGGCUGGUAUAGCCUAGCUCUGUUAUACAAUCACUACGCACAGUGCGCGCCCAAUAUUUAUUAUAUUUGUGUUUACACUCAAAAGAAUUUUUAUUACAAAGUGAAGUUUUAUGGUAUAAAAGUGAUUUAUUUGAUUCUGGAAUCAAUGAUACUGUGAUUUUGGAGAAUUUUCUGUGAGAUUUAAUUAUGAAUUCAAAAGCAUUAACACCCUUUGUGAAAGGGUUAAAAAAUUAUCCAACAAAAUAUAAUAAAGAUGUUGCGGAAAUUCGUAAAUGGUACGAUAAACAAGUACAUCUUCCCGAAAUCGACGACGAGUUUUUGCUACUAUUUUUACACGCAUGUUAUUACAAUCAUGAUAAAACGAAAAAAGCAAUUGAACAUUAUUUUACUAUACGUGCCAAUUCACCAGCGUUAUUCUCCGAUCGUGAUCCAUUGUCAGUAAAAACACAAAAUGUUCUCGAAUAUGGAAACUUUGCACCAUUACCUAAAAAGACUGCCAAAGGAUAUAAUAUCCUAUUAUAUUCACUUCAUGAUACAGACACAAGUCGAUUUGUGUUUGCUGAAGGUAUUAAAGCAUUUUGUAUGUUCAAUGAUGUUCGCCUAUCUGAAGAUGGUCUUAGCGAUGGUUAUAUUGUAUUAUUCGAUAUGAAAGGAUGUUCAGUUGGACAUUUUGCACGAGUCACCUUACCAGCACUACGAACUUAUAUGGCAUAUAUUCAGGACGCACAUCCCGCUCGGUUAAAAGAAAUCCACAUUUUAAACACUGCCGCCUUUAUUAAUCAUGUGAUGCGAUUAGUUCAGCCAUUAAUACAAUCAGAAAUGAUGAAUAUAUUAAAAUUCCAUCGAGAGCUACCACCAGACGAACAUAUACCGUUAGAAUUAUACCCAAGUGAUUAUGGCGGUAAAGCACCAUCUGUAAGAGAGUUACAUAUGGAAACUAGAAAAAUAAUGGAAUCAUAUCCAUAUCGUGAUUGGUUAAUACGUACAGGUGAAGAAUUGAAAGCUGAUGAUACAAAACGUCCAAAGAAAAAAUCAUCAUGGGGAUUCUUUGGAGGAACGGAUAUUGAUUAAAAUCUACAAAAUUAUAUUUUGGUUAUGCUAUUAAUUAUGAAAAUUGUUUUAGAACUUAUGUUUAUAAUUUUCAUUUUUCAUUUUAUAGGUAUAAACCUAGUGCACAUUUUUUGGACUUAGUAGGUAGUUCUAAGCCCCUCUAAUUUUUAUUUAUCCUGCUAGAUUAAAAUUGAUGAACAUUUGUUUCUUCAGAAAAUAAUCGAAUCAACAAAACGAUGUAUUUUCAAUCCAAUUUGCCUUUUUGUUGCGUAACGGGGAAAAGACAGAAAUAUCGAGGCAUCGAAUAUCUUACUAGAAUCAGCUAAAAGCAAAUAUUUAUCAAUUUUCCAAAGUACAUCUAAGUAAUUUCGUUUUAUGUCCACAAAAUGUACGCUAACUUUAUGCCUAUUGGUAUUUUUUGUUUGUAAAAGUAAUUUUUACCCUCUAAAAUGGUGGAUAAUUUUUUUUAAUGGUUCAACAUAUUAUUAUUAAUAGCAUUUUAGAUCCGGUCCUUUUUUGAUUAAUUUAAUCAGUGAAUUAACGGAUGUAAUAAUCAAUUAAUAAAAGGUCCCAUAUGAAAGCUCGAACUUUGACCGCAUAUAAAUUAAAAUAUUUAUUGAUCAGCUUAUCAUCACGGAAACCUAUACUGUUGAUUGACACGUGGAAAUUAAUUUAGAUGGCGGAUGCUAAAAAAUGGUCUUUGUUCA